AGAACAGCUUUUUCCAAUCGAAGCUUAACACCGAGCGAAAAUUGUUUGACAAUUUGGUACCUAAGGGGGUUCGCUCUUUGAAUCGAGAACUAAUCGAGGACUUGAAUGCCGAAAUUGCCAUGGAAAUCGAACUGAGCUCAUCGACUUCGCAGUUGGAUAAAAUCCAACUGGAUGACUCGCAUAUCGGGGUAGGAGGCUACGGGCUGGUGCUUGGCGACAUCAAAUUCGAGGGUGGUGGGGUAGGCGUCGGCGAAGUCCCAAUCGAGAUUUUCAACGGAAAUCGAUUGCACAUUUUUCGCAACGAUAACGAAGUGCUGAUGAAGGUUUUCAAACUGUAUAACGGAUACAGCCGGGAAGGUUAUAUGACCCCGGUGCUGGUGUUUCUAACCGACAAGACACUGUACGUGACCGAUCAGGUGCGAAAUCGAUUGUGCAACAAGUUUGUGCUUCCUUACUCGGAACUGGAUGUGAUAUUAGUUGGUCCCUAUGGGAAUACGGUUCUUUUGAGCAACUCAGCGAGGGAUAUGCAACAGGUACUGCUAGCUGGAGGACCUUACCCGGCUGAUGGAUUGGUUUCAAAUUUGGAGCUUUGCGCCCGUCGUGGAGGUUUCAUUUUACCGGCGGUUGGUCAACUAACGCUUGAUCAUUUGGCACCGCUGCAAGCUUUCGUUCGAGAUCACUCGAACGUUAGCCGCGAAGACUCCUGGAAGUUCUAUGCUGUGGUUAAUGUUCCUGCUGGAUCGAUUGGUGGCGAAGAUGAACCUUUAGGCCCGAAUAUGAAGGGUCCCCUGAUGCACCGCAGAAUGUCCCAUGCUGGAUUUGUAGACCAAUGGUCGGCGGGCUACUUCUUGCUAAAAGCCGGUGUUCUUUAUCUGUUUGGAGAUGCAAGUCAAAAGUUACCGACCUGGGCCGUUGCUUUGGCGGAAUGUCAAGGUGCUAGACGAUCACUCACCUCGGGACGACCCUAUUGUUUUGAGCUACUUCUUCGUACUGGUGCGCUUCAACUAGCCGCACCCGAUGAGUACGUUGCAUCCGAUUGGUUACAAGCUCUAGUUCAGGCUGCUAGUGGGCUUUUCGAGCUACAGGAGCGACGUCAAACGCUCGGCUGUACUCUGAUUAUGACUUCUAAUCAUCUGUUGACUCUGCGGGAGGAUUUCAAUGCUCCACUCAGGCGAACCACUACUCUAUCCGGUGGCAGUGCUUGUUCCAGCAGAAUCAUGUCCCCGGCAAAGGAAAAUAUCAACCCGAACACUCAGCAGCAGCAACAACAACAACAACAGCUGCAUCAGAUGUCUACUGUAUCUACUCCGUCCGGACAUCAGAGGAAGCUCAGCAGCUCCAACAUGUUGGAUACAAACAGUGAGAUAAGUUCGAUCCGCUCCACGGGAAGUACCCCCAACAAAUUGAAUCCGACUGUAGCCGGAGCCGGAAGCACUACCAGUGAUCGGCGUUCCAACUCAACCACCAGCACCCCAACCAAGGCAAACCUUCUGCUGCGACAGAAUUGCCCUGGAGACGUGUUGAAUUCUCCUGCUCGUAGCUACCAGAGGCGACCUUCAUCCACGGUUGACGAACUACUCGGAGGCGGUGACGACCAAAGCUACACCAACAUGAGCAGUUUCUACGGCAAGAACUCCGGCGUAGAAGUUUUGACCUGCGCCAGCAUCGAUGAAAUGAUCGCCGUAAAAAUUCCGGCUAACUCGUCCAAUUGGUGGUGUAUUUUGGAAUUCGAAUGCCAGGAAGUUCGCGAAACCUCAGACGACUUGGUUGUCUUUUUCUCAACUAGCUCAGAACAGGAACGAUUCCUGUCAAUGUUGGAAUCAACUUGGCACUUGAAAAAGAGCGAUGCUUUUCCGGCUUCAAUCAUAACAAGUGAAGAUGAUUUGUACCAGCACUGCGCCAAACUGUUCUUGGACAUCAAUCGAUCCUGGGAACCUUUACUGUCGGCUGCGCUCGGAUAUCCACAGUAAGUUUACAUCACAGUUUUUUACUACUCAUCCGGUGUUCAACCAGCCACAGGACAACAGCUGUCGCUGCGUAUAUGAACCACCAUAGUACAUAAGUUUUGUAUCCUUCCGAACUUUUCUUGCAGUCCCUGCGUUCAGAAAUGAUUACUAUAGAUUUCGGGUUAAUUUUGGACAAGGGUAUUUUGAGGGAAAGGAUUGAUAAAAAAAAGUAUAAACAUGGUGAUAGCUCUUAGGAUAAGUGCUACUGGAAAAGGGAGGCUUUGUUAGGGACUUAAGUUUUGGCUGGCUCCAAUUUGUCUCGGCUAAGAGAUUUCAUUUCGUUGCUUGGUAACUUUUAAAAAUAUUCUCAACUCAUACCAUUGAUUUUGUGUCUGAGAAAAUUUCUCAACAAACUACGUCCUGGUGCUUAAGUUAUUCGGAACGCUGUAAAAAUUUGUUCUAUAAAUAUAUAGACAAUACGUAUAUAACAACUAAGCUAAAUCAAAAUUGUGAAAUUACAAAGUAUUAUUCGUUAAAAACACUAUACUUUCCAAGCAUGUUAUAUACACAAAAAUGUACGCAAAAGGUUACAUAAAUAUAUUUAGAUAUUUAGCUUCAUAUUUAUAAUCAAUGUACUGAGCUGUAGAUGCACAUUAUGUGUUUCUGAAUUUUUGAUGGUCUACAUUACUGACUUUAUAAAAGUGUUAAUCAAAUCGUGCCCCAAACGCUUCUCAUUACACAAGAGUCAUACUUGAUUGUGUCAUUUGUUGAUUUCAAAACUUUUCAGCUAUUUUUUGUUGUUUCCACUUUAAAUAACCAUGGAUAGUUUUUUUUUGUUGUUGCUUGCGCCAUAUUGUUUUCAGUUUAUUUUCAUAACCAUUCCGGUAGCUUUUAUACAUCACAAACUUUAAGAAAGUAUUAAAAAGUUUGUUUUUUAAGUUUUAAAAGAAUCUAAUUAUUUAUCGGAGUCUCAUUCGGAUCUACGUAAAAAUUUAAAUUCAUAAUUCAAAUUCGAUUACCAAAGCUUAACCCUUUAACAAUUGAUAAUUCAACAACCAUGACAUUUCUAUCAUGCUGAAAUGAUAAAUCAUCCAUCCAAUCUCAUCACGCAUUAUUCACAAUAAGAAUUUAGCACCAAUCGUAUAAACCGCUUAAAUUACCCCAGAGAUUGUAACUUUGAAUAAUAUAUUUACCAUGCUCAGAAUCUCUGCUUGAUGUGCUUUCACGGCUUAUAUAUUGGGCUUACCAGAAACCAAAAAUAGCUAAAAAUGAACUCAAUACACGCCCCAACUAACAAUAACCUAUAUAAGUAUAUAAAAAAAUAUAUAUUCAGCUAACAUUCAGCUUAAAAGUGAAACGAAACGCGCAAAUAUAUCACGGCUCCAGUACUGGGAAGUUCGCCUCAUGCUGCAUUACUCAACACAAAAAAAAUAACUCCUUUGUCGAUCUGGCACUGUUCUGAAUCAAACAUCUAGGUACUCCUAUAUAAAACCAACCUUUCACGAACUUUAAAUUAGGAAUUUCUCUCAAGCAAUCGGUCUCACCUAAUUGUAAUAAAUUGUAUCGAAUCGAAGCUAGUCAUCAAGAAGUUUAUGUGAAACGCUGUUAACCACUGAUAUAAAUAAAAAAUAGGUAUCGUAAUGGUAGUCAAACGAAAACAGCAAUAUUUUCUUUUUUUUUUUUCAAUAAGAUUUAUGAUUUAACAAAAACCCGUGCUGAUCUACAAAGGAAUGAACAAUCUCAUUUUGUAAGGGCGACAUGACUGAUUUUUGAGAUGGGACUAUAAAAAAGGUAAACAGAUACUCAAACCAUGUAUGCAGCAAAAUAAGAAUCAUACGAUAAAAUAUUUAUAAAAAUCUAAUACUUACAUAAUCCAAAAAAGCAGUACGGUUUGCCAUUACCUGAGAAUUAAAAAAAAAACAUAAAACCAAAAACUUGUAAUCAGCCAUAAAAGCAAAACGCGGUUUGCAAACCGACUUUCAAAAUAGUUACUUAUCUUGUCAGCAACAGAAAAAUAAGAAAAAUAAACAGUGAAACAAACCCCCAGUGAACAGGCUAAACAGAAAUACCAAAUACAUAAGUAAUUUCGGAGCUCAUGAACCCUAAGAAGAAAGAGACAGAAAAUGUUGAAUCACAAUACAACUGGAUGCAGAAAAAUGCGGCGUUGAACACG